AUGGCACAACCAUCUCCCACCUCCGCCCAGCCCGCGCAGCUCUGCAUCACCGCCGAGGACGAGCUCUUCGACGAGGAGUUCCUGCAGACCUGGCGCCGAGAAGGCUUCCAGGUAACCUACAUUCCCUUCCAGAGCGACCGGAAGAGCUACAUCGCCGCGCUCGAUGCCGUCAAGCAUGGCCUGCGCGUGAGCGAGGUGUACGCCAUCAUCAGCUUCGGCGACGCAGCCUCCUUCUGCCUCACGCACUACCUCAAGCUCCCCAACACCAACAAGCUCUGCGCGCUGAUCGCCUACUACCCGACCGCGAUCCCCGGCCCGGCCAGCCAGUACCCGGCCUCGAUGCAGGUGCUCGUCCACCUGGCCAACCAGACAGUCAACGUCCACUACCCGCCCUCGAAGACGGGCCACAAGGCCACCGUCGUGCGGAAGCAGGUGGGGCCCGGCGUGGGGAUCGGCGACCGCCUGGCGCUGGGGUACGCGGCCUUCUCGUACGUGGGCGCGCUGCCGGGGUUCGCGGAGCACGACCUCGAGGAGUACAGCCGGAUCCCGGCGCAGGUGGCGUGGAGCCGCACGCUGGGGGCGCUGCAGCGGGGGUUUCGGCGGGUGGCCGCGGUGGAUCUGGAGAGGGUGUGGGAUGAGAUGCAGGAGGAUUCCGAAGCCAGCACAACCACCGCCAGCCCACCCCCAUCAGCCCUCUACACCCCAACCCUGCAAGGCGCAACCGGCCACCACCCGCUGCAGGACUUCUACGCGACAAACUUCCACGCCCAUCGGCCCGCCUCCAUGCGCCUGCAGCUGCUCUCCCGCACCGUCGGCGCCGACCGCGUCGUCGACGAGGUCCUCAUCACCUUCCGGCACUCCCAGCCGAUGGACUGGAUCCUGCCGGGCGUGCCGCCCACCCACCGCGAGGUCAAGAUCGUGGUCGUGAGCAUCGCGCGCCUGUGCAGCGGCGACGGCCGGCUGUAUUCCGAGCAUGUCUACUGGGAUCAGGCGAGUGUGCUGGUGCAGGUGGGGUUGCUGGAUCCCGGUGUGGUGCCGGCGGGGUGGCCAAGGGUGCAGCGGGUGCCGGCUGUGGGCGGGGAGGCGGCUGCCGCGGUGUUGGCCGGGGGUGUGGAGGGGUUCCUAAAGCACAACCCAUUAGCUCAACCUCAACCCAAAAUCCAACCAAACGCAAAGGAAUACUCACAGAAGCUGCAACGUCAAAUCCCCAUGAAUCUUCGCCUUGAGCUGCACCUCAACAUCGAGAUUUAA